GCCCACUUUCCAAACUAUUAUACCUCCUCUCCUCACUCAACCUCUUUAUUCUCCUAGUCUCUUUUCUCUACAUACUGUACUAUAGUCUUCCAUUAUUAAGCCCCUUUAUUCCCAAAUUUGCAUCUUAUAUUAUUGAAAAUUAGCUGUAUACUGCAAUUAUUCAGAUACGGAAGGAGGACUUCUUGUGCACUAUGUCUGCUAACCCCUUGUUUGCCAAUAAGAAAAGGGAAAAUUCCAUAUUGUAUGGCCCAGGGCGGGCUCAAGUUGGCUCAUCUCUCCGUAUACCACAAGGUGUCCAGAGCACUAACUAUGACAGAAGCAGGUAUCCUCCUCCAAAGCGUCACCGAGCAGCAGAUGUCAACUACAAGGCCAUGGAUGACCCUUUUGAUGACAAUGAAGAUUUUACAGCUGACGACCUAGAGGAGAUUGACAUCCUUGCAUCACAAGCUUGCACGCAGGACACGGCAGUGACAAGUAUCCGAAACAAUUAUCAGCAAGGGAAAAUGGUUAUAAAUAACCAGUCAGCAUAUACAUUAAAUUCCACAAAGCCACAGUCUUCGUCACACAAAAAAAAGGAACAACAGGUAUCUCAAAAAUAUGAAGUGGAGCUGGACGUUUUGCAAGCUCAUCAUGAAGAUUUGAAGCAUAAGCUGAAGGAAUUACAAGAUGAAGUACUUGUUAAAAAUGGGGAAAUCAAGGUCUUGCGUGAUGCCCUGUGUCAGACGGAGUCCAACCUGGAGCAGCAAAAAAUCACUCAUGUAUUGAUGGAGAAGGAAAAAUCUCAGAUGCAAAGUGUGAGGGAGCGAGAGCUUAACAAAAAGAUGCAAUCUUUGCAGUCAGAGUUGGAGUUUAAAGAUGCAGAAAUGAAUGAACUAAAAACUAAACUACAGAACUGUGAACGCAACAACAGGACAGCAGUACCAGUGGUUAGCCCUCAGAAAAGCCCCUCUACAAGCCUGAAAUUAGAGGCUUGUUCAUCUCCACUGGCAGGGAGAAGCAACUUUCCCACAAAGGAAUCCUUUUGCUCAGAUAUGAACCUCAAAAUACCCCCAUUAAUUUCACCUCAGAUUGGUCCACGAGCUCCAGUUAUAAGCAAAGAACCCGAAGCUUUACCUUUAUCUUCGAAAACUUUCUCUUCACUCUUCUAUGCCCAACGGAAAAACUGCCAAGGUUCUCUUUUGCUGAACGCUUUGAUGCAACAGCCCAAACGUCCAGGAUCUCUUGGCCUCUGUCACCUUCUCUGUAGCAGCACAGAGUUUUUACCUGGCUCUCCCGGACGCAAUUCCCAUACAAAAAAUACCAGUGGAACAUCCUGCUCUAGUGUCUUGUCCGCAGCUCAAUGCUCUGCACUUAGAGAUGCUCAGAAAUUAUCCCUUACUGCACUCAAUUCCAUUGCAGUGGGCGAAGAUAUGCCUUACAAGAGGAAAUCACCAAUCCAGGGUGGCUUAUUACACUUGAACAAGCUGAGACCCAUUGCAGGGGCUGUGCACCUUCUGCCUCUAGUUGAAUAUCACAUCACUGCAUACUGUCAAGCCCAGCAGACCUUUGAGAAGUCUGUAGCAGGCCCUUCAGAGAACCAGUCUAUGUCUUCCUCCAGAACAGAUCAAAGUCUGGCCUCCAGUGUUGAGGACAUUCUCUCUCAUCUUGUAGAACCUGCCUUGGCCUCUCUUGGGAUACUUUAUCAUCUGGUGUUUUACAGCCUGGAAGUAGUGAGCACUUUACUGAAGUGCACAACACAUUCCUCUGAGGCGGAAGAGGACUCCAGAACUUCAAAAUCUAACACCGAUACUGUCUGUGAUCAGAACUGUGAUAUUCAAUGUCUGCAUUCUUUGUUUGGUAAACUUAUACAGCUCUUGUGCUUCAAUAUCACCACUUGCCAUAGAGGCAUUCUCCACCAAACUCUGCGAGUACUCGUAAAAUUAGCAGAAAACUCAUCCACUGAACUGUUGUCCAGCUUCCAGCACUUAUUAAAAAAGCCUUCACUGCUGCUUUGUCUGGCUGCCGAGUCCCCAGUUUCUGUGGCCCAGAUGAUUGUCCGACUCCUGGCUGUACUCGGUGAUCACCAGAAAUUGUCUUCCCUGUUCUGUUCCUGCUCUGAAACAUGCAUCCUGCUUGCACUCUACACGUACAUCACUUCAGGACCGGAUAAGUCUGCAUCAGAAUCGCUCUGGCUUCAGUUGGAGCAUGAGGUGGUCCGUUUUCUUACCAAACUGUCUGUAAUAGGCUCGAACCCUCUCAUCACCAGCUCAGAGACUGUAUGCCAGUGUAACCGGGAGGUUGUUAAAGCCGUGGUCCUGAUGCUGCACAGAGAAUGGCUGGGUUUGCGGCGCUUGUCUCUCCAUCUACUGACUGUCACUAAAAGCAAAGUGGUGCAGUUUUUACGGGACGCUGUGCUGCUGCUGCACUCACUCUCACAGAAAGACAGAAACUUUAAUGAGCACUGCCUGGAGGUCCUGCACCAGUAUGAUCAGGCUUUACCCGGGGUCCGAGCCCUCUUCAAAAAGGUGCAGGUGUUGAAAGAAAAUGAAGAAUUUGCCUUGGAUGAGCUUUGCCCCCCUGAAGUGGAAACAGAGGAUGAAUACAUGGAUUGCACGUGACGGUCUUAUCUUUGGUCUUCAUAUCAACUAUCCUCUGGUUUAAUGAACUUUAUAUGUCAGGGCAUUUUUCUCUGGAAACACUUUUCCCUUUGUUUUCAGUAUUGUGGAACUUUUUUAGGACGUUCUUGUAACUAUGAAUACGGUACUAUUAAAUAAAUUCCAACCUUCUACAAAACA